GAGGGAUCAGGGCUACGACGACUUGGCGUGCUUCUAUCCAGCACGGAGCCAAAGAACCGCAGAGGCGGAAUUCGCCCCCACCGGGACAGAGCCAAAAUCGGCGCCGGCGUUUUGAAUCUCGCGCUCUCGUCGCGCGGUGAAAGCUGGUCGGACGCCGCCAAGUCCAGUUUUGUAGCGCGCAAAGGUCGGGCAGGACCAAGGCGAUCACGUGAGAAGCUUCGGCGAAAGGAAAACAUCGCGGUUCGCGAGUUGGGCCGGGUCUUGUGGAGCUCUGCUGCAAGGCUCGCUUUUAAAGUCGGCUCGCCACUUCCCCUUCUUCAGAAGCGGCUGGCGGGGAGCUCGAGUCUGACGAUCGCGCCCUGCCGUUGUCGUGAUGUUGCUGACGGAAAGUAUUAUUCUGAUACUGUCGCUGCGGACUCUAAGUUCAGCUUUUUCAAUAAAGGAACCUAAAGAAGCAAAACAGGCAUGGGGGUAUGUUCCUGUCAGAAGCAAUGCAAGCAUGUUCUGGUGGUUGUACUAUGCAGACAGUCCCACUCAGAAUUUCACACAACUUCCUCUUAUCUUAUGGCUGCAGGGAGGCCCAGGAGCUUCAGGUUGUGGAUAUGGAAAUUUUGAAGAGAUUGGCCCUUUAGAUACUGAUCUAAAACCAAGGAAGACAACUUGGCUGCAGGCAGCAAGUCUUCUCUUUGUUGACAAUCCUGUUGGCACUGGAUACAGUUAUGUUAAUGACUCCCUUGCCUACGCCACUGAUCUCGGCAUGGUCGCUUCGGAUAUGAUGGUGGUUCUCCGAGAGUUCUUUAAAUCAAAGGUGGAAUUCCAGACAAUCCCCUUCUACAUCUUUUCCGAAUCUUAUGGAGGAAAAAUGGCAGCUGCAAUUGCUCUGGAAGUUCAUAAGGCUAUUGAAGCUGGAACAAUCAAGUGCAAUUUUCAUGGAGUAGCCCUUGGUGAUUCAUGGAUUUCUCCUCUAGAUUCCGUGCUUGCUUGGGGGCCUUACCUAUAUAGCACUUCUUUCCUAGAUGACCAAGGCUUGAAAGAAGUCACUAAUGCUGCCAAGAAGAUCCUGAAUGCAAUGAAUACAGGGGCAUUUAAGCUUGCUACCCUGCUUUGGGAUAAAGCAGAGGAUAUCAUAGAAAAGAACACAAAUGGCGUGAAUUUCUAUAACAUUCUAACCCCUGAAUCUACGAAGGACACAGCUCUUUCAUCCGCUACAACUGAAACCAUCCCAUUUUUAAAAUUGUUCCAGCGUCAUGUGAAAAAUCAAAUUAAAGACAAGCUGAAUGACCUGAUGAAUGGGCCCAUCAGAAAAAAGCUGAAAAUAAUUCCAGACCAUGUCAAAUGGGGAGGGCAAUCAACAGGUGUAUUUAUGAAUAUGGCUGAAGACUUUAUGAAAAAUGCAAUUGAUAUUGUAGACAAAUUGCUGGAGGCCAAUGUGAAUGUCACUGUAUACAAUGGGCAGCUGGAUCUCAUCGUUCCUACAAUAGGGCAAGAAGCUUGGCUCCGGAAGCUAAAAUGGCCCAAACUGAAAGAAUUCAGUACACUGAAGUGGCAACCUUUGUACACCUGCCCAGAAUGCACAGAGACGGCUGCUUUUUAUAAAUCCUAUUGUAACCUGAGCUUCUUCUGGAUCCUCAAGGCUGGCCACAUGGUCCCGGCUGACCAAGGUGACAUGGCGCUGAAGAUGCUUAGGAUGGUCACCCAACAAAAGCAGUGACUAAAUUAGAGCCAGCUGGCAUGGCUCCUCUACAGAACAAAAGCAGGUUCUUUGGAAUCUUUUUGUGGCACCCUGAAAGCAUAAGGAACAAUGGCACCAUUGUGUUUUGAUUUUCUCAGAUAUUAUGCAAGGCAUUUUAAGGAGACACAGAUGGAAAUAAUUUACUUUCUCCUGUGGUAACUUCUUUUGUAAAAUGUGAAGAUCUCUUGAUCCACUUCUGCUUAGCAUAAUCCUUAAAUGCUGGAAAAGGAAGAUGUGAAUAAAUCAGGGAUGGGCAUUUUGUAGGCUAUGUGUAGCCUCCAUGUUGCAGCCUCAGAAGAUCUUCCUUUUGUCCUGCAACAUCUGGCAAAAUUGGUGAGAUAUUAAUAAUACCCUUUUGGGGUAGGUUUUGCCAAAAGGAAGUAGAGGUGGACUGAUCAGCCUCCCAGAGGCAAAAUGCAUCCAUUUCCAACUUCUAAACACUCCCAAAUAGCUCAAAAAUGCCUCCUAGCCACGCUCAGGCCCAUCCUCUUGGAGACAUCAUUGUCCUAGCCUCCAAAUAGUCUGGGGUAGCUCCAGAGAGGUUUCCCACGCUUGAAGUAAUGUUUUCUCAAUAACAAUAUUUCCUUUUGAUAGAUUUUCAUUCUCUUUUAUAUAUAUAUAUCCUAUGCAUGCAUACUUCCACUUGGGGCCUCUUUGUAGAUACUUUCUUAUCCAGGCCCAUGAAAAGGCAAUUUUUCUGAUUCUUGGCCUCCCAGAGACAAGCAUGUGGUCAAGUGUGGGUGAAAUUGUCCUGGGAGUGGGAAGCCAGAGCAGGGAUGAAAUCCAGCAAGUUCUGACAGGUUCUGGAGAACCGGUAGCGGAAAUUUUGAGUAGUUCGGAGAACCAGCAAAUACCAUCUCUGGCUGGCCCCAGAAUGGGAUGGGAAUGGAGAUUUUGCAAUAUCCUUCCCCUGGAGUGGGGAGGGAAUGGAGAUUUGCAGUAUCCUUCCCCUGCCAUGCCCACCAAGCCACGCCUACCAAGCCAAGCCACGCCUACCAAGCCAUGCCCACAGAACCGGUAGGGAAAAAUUUUGGAUUUCACCCUUGACCCAGAGUAUUUUUCAGCCAAGCACUUUUCUAUCUGGUCAGGCCACCCCGGAGGUUGGCCCUGAGCUCAUGCCCAAAGCCAUCAUCCUUUUUUCUACCAGCCAUUGCAGCUUGAUUGAAAACAAGGAGUUGAAUUCAGGUCUUAUUUAAAUGAGAUUUCCUUCCUAGAAAGUAUAUUCAGGAUUGAUGGGCAGAAGCCCGACUCCAUACAGAGCUAAGGUCUCACUUCUAAAGUAGAAGCAGUUGUUUUCCUUGGCUUCCAAGGAGGAGGAAAUAUAGGAAUAAAAGCAGCAACCUGGAGCAAAGGUUUAGCAUCUCCUCAUCUUGAUCUUUAGAUUAAUGGAUUUAUCAAAGCCAAGGAUGGUUAAGUAUGGCCCCUUUAUGACUUGUGGACUUCAACUCCCAGAAUUCAUGACUGGCUCAGGAAUCCUGGGAGUUGAAGUCCAAGGGUUGUAAAGGGGCCAUAGUUGUCCAUCCCAGUCUAAGCAAAGGUCAAACUAUUGGAUUGUUUGCCCCAACCCAUCUGGUAUGGUUCAGAUGGGUUGGAAUGGUAACUGCUAGGAUUCUGAAACUGCUUGGUCAGCACAACUGGAUGGUAAAUUGAGAAAUAUGGAUCUAACGCAGUGAUGGCUAACCUUUUUGCCAUCGCGUGCCAAAAGUGGGGGGAGUGCAGGGGGGUUGCACGUGCACGUGCCCACACCAGGGGUGGGUUCUAAAUUUUUUUACUACCGAUUAUGUGGGCGUGGCUUAUUUUGUGGGUGUGGCUUGAUGGUCAUGUGACAGUUAUUUAGGAUUUAGUAGAGGUACUGGUCUACCAGGCUUUUAAUUGCUUGCAGAGCUGUACCAAUCUACCCAUUUAUUUUUUGCAGGCACUGGUCUACUCAUGUAUUUUUGCAGGCACUGGUCUACUCAUGUAUUUUUGCAGGCGCUGGUCUACUCAUUUGUUUUCUUUUAACACUGAUCAGCUGUAGGGCGGCCCUUUGAAGCCCGCGGCAAGAGUUUAAACAGUUUUUUCCCUCUAGCCAUCAGCUGGGAUUCAGGAGGCAGCAAUAGAUUGGGGGUGGGGCCAAAUAAAAGGUAAGAAUAAUGUGGGGGGGGGCAGAACUGGUUUGGUGAGGUCAUAUCGUCACCGCUACCGGCUCGGGAGAACUGGGCCGAACCGGGAGGAACACACCACUAGCCCACACCCAUAAUUCUAUGUGCCCCACCUCCCACACGUGUGUGUGACCCUUCUGCGCUUCCCCCGCUUUUGGCAUGCGAUGGCACAGUGGGCCGGGUAGGCCCGUUUUUCACCCUACUCAGGCUCCAGAGCCUUUCUAGGAGCCUGGGGAAGGCGAAAACGGCCUUUCCCCCCCCGGAGGCCGUCUGAAGGCCAGAAACAGCAUGUUUGCCGACUUCCAGGGGGCCCAGAAGACCCGAAAAUCAGCUGGCCGUCGCGUGCAUGUGCACCGGAGCUGAGCUCGUGUGCCCACCAAUAUGGCUCUGCGUGCCACAGGUUCGCCAUCACGGAUCUAAAGUGAUCCUCUCUGUUCUUUUUUGACAAGAACAAUUUCUAUGAUUUAGGGGGGCAUAAUUACCUAACCUUUUAAGCGACUUGCCAGUUUGGGAUAGCUAGUCUGUUGUUAAAAAUCCAACAUAGUUGUUUUGUUUUGUAUUUCUUUCUUUUGACUCAUAUUUAAGUUCUCUGUUCAGGUGAAUAACCAACUGAGGGGGCUUUGCAGAGCAUUUGUUUCCUUUGCAUUGUUUACACACUUAACGAUAAAAUGAAGUAAAAUGCUGAGUCAGGAAGUACCAAAGCCUAUGUGUGGAUAAUAAUUAUAAAAUGCCAUGAGGUAGAUACCGUAGAUAGACAUGUCUGCCUCUAAUGCUGAGAAAAAACAAAUACACAAAACUAGUUCAAAAUUAUCCUCCUGGCUGUCCCACUUGCUCAUUCUGUGUGGGAAGUCACCACAGAGGCUUCUCACAUUGGUACUGAAUGUGUCUUAAAUGUCUCUUAAACCGUGAAGUUUGUAGGGAAAGCACUAUGUCUUCCUUAAAGUUGCCAACUGUUGGAAAUGAAAUUGACAUUCUUUAUACACAGUUCAAUGCUUGUCUAACAGAGAAGUUCAUUCCAUGGUGGUGAAAUUGCCUUUGUCUUAUGUGUCUUAUGUAUAUGUAUCUGAAAUCUGAAAGCCAAAGAUGUGGCCUUAAUAAAGAUUGAUUUCCCUCAUA